CACACACACACACACGUAACGCUUCUUCAACAGUGAUUUUUUUUACCCAAGUCUGAAAACUGAUACAAACGCCAUUCAAUCACGCUAGAUCUCUCGGAAAAACAAAACUUCAAAGAAAUAUCAAGACAAAACAAAAUCCAACUUUUUGAAAACUAUAAAUCGCAUUAUUACGCAACGAGAUCCGCCGAGCGAGCGAGCGAGAGAAGAAGUGAGUGAUUCUUUUGUGUCUCGAAGCGCCGCGCCGAACUCACAAAACUACUUCGAACUUCCUAUGCGCAGAGAGAGAGAGAGAGAGAGAGGCGGUGCUAGUCUGCGGAUAAACGUGAGUGUUGGUGGAUAGACUUGACGAGUCCUAUCCUUAUCCCACAGAAGACAACACACUCAGCAGCGGAUCGGGGCGCGGCGGGGCGGGGCGGGGCGAAGGGACUGGAGGAGGAGGAGGCGCAGCAGAAGGGGGUGAAGGAGGUGAUGCCUGAGGGGACGGAAGCCGGGCGCCCAGGGUGAGGGGGAAUCCUGGCUUCGUGUGUAUCGCCGAACAUUAUUCAGACGGGCCGCCGCUUGCCUGCAGCCGUGAAGAGUCUGGGGUGUUGCUGCGGCAUGGUGUGUGUGUUGCUGGUGGUCGGCCUCACCGCGUCCUCGCUCCUCACCUCAGCGGGCGUGGGAGUGGAGGCGGCGGCGGCGGGCACCUUCACGGACAAGACUGUUCAGAUCACGGAGCUGGGCGUGCCGCAGACCCCGAAGGCUGGCCGCAACGUCACACUCACCUGCCGCUUCCGUCUGGGCGGCCCCGAGCACCACCUCUACACCGUGAACUGGUGGCGCGGCAGGGACCAGUUCUACACCUACAAGGGCAGCGACUACGACCCGAAACACGCGUACUCCUUCAGGGGGAUUAACGUGGCGAAGGAGGCGUCGACGGAGGAGACGGUGGUGCUCCUCAACGUGUCGGAGGAGACGUCUGGGCUGUUCAAGUGUGAGGUGAUGGGCGAGGGUCCCUCCUUCCGCACCGCCGUCAGGACCAAGGUGAUGACUGUCGCAGUGCCCCCGCGGUCCCUGGUGAUCGAGGCCCCGGGUCACCCUCGCCCACUGCGAUACCGGCCCGGCGACGAGGUGCUACUCAACUGUACCGCUGUGGGCGCCAGGCCCAGGGCGGCCCUCGCCUGGGAGGUGAACGGCAGGCAGGUAAGGAAGACGCACCUGUACCAGUACGCGGACAGGCCGGACAAGCGGGGGCGCGUUACCUCCACCCUGGGUCUUCGCUGGCGGGCGCCGGACUUCUUCGAGGGGCGGCGAGCCACUGUCACCUGCCGCGCCACCGUCGGGUCCUCCGUCUCCACCGCCACCUCCGACACUCUGUACCUCGACGCCGCCUCCGCCGCCUACUACAACCACUACGCAUCGGGGGGUUGUCGGGUGGGCAGUGCGUGGUGGGCGGCCUUGGGUGUGGUGGCCGCGACCUCCACGCACCGUCACCGCCCAUAGGUGUGAUGGGUCCUGGCUGAGUCCUGUCGUUGCCCAUACAAGGAAUGACGCUACCCCGGGGACUCCUGCAGUUGUAGACGUGUCCGCCCUUCCCCCGUGUCACCAGGAGGAGCGUCAUCUCGGGGAGCCCAGCGGGAUGAAGCAAACACAAACACAAACACACCGGAUAUCAGAGAGGAGGGGUCCAAGGACGUGAGGGAGGAGGCGGGGAGGAGUGUUGCGGGAGGGACUCUCAGGAGUGAAUUCAAGGGGUUGCAAAAGGAAGUGGAUUGGGCAGCAGAAGCAACAGUUUCAACAAAGACAUCACUACUACUACUACUACCACCACAGAAGCCGGAACAACAACAACUUCAACAACAGCAACAACAGAACUCUGCAGGCAAGGGAGGAGGAAGGAACAGCAACACCACCACCACCCUCACCACUACCACCGCCGCCGCCACCGCCGCCACCAUUCCCAGCAACAUCACGUCCUUCAAAGCUCCCUAAGUCGGUUUGGGAAGUGGAAGGAUAUAUUUUUCAACAAUUUUUCCAGUCCGUCUGUCCGUGUGUUGUCUCCGUUUCACUAUAUCCGUCAUGUACAUGUUAAGGCGUUGUACCAUGUCUGUACCUUUACUGCUCACCUGAAACACCACCUGUAGGAACACCUGUACUCACGCAAGUCUCACGAUUACAAGGAGACAUCGUCCGGGCGUUUGUAUGCACUGCUCACUCUGUGUUCCAAUAAAUAUUUGUUAUAUUACACUUUA